AUGGGGACCAGUGCAGUGGCAUUGUUUAUUUCAGCCGCUCUCUUUUUUUUGAAUCCUAUCAUUCCUACUUGGGGAUUUCGAUCUCGAGUUGCAUGGCAAGAAAAUCGUGUAGCCUCUGACUUUAAGCAUGUCUCACAUGGAUUGGUCCAAAGAACAAUGGUCCCAGACCCUGACAGACAGACUAUCCAAGAUGCCCUCGACAGAGAACUGGUCAGAAGGGGAGUACAGAAACUCUGGGAUGGCCUAAAAAAUACGUCACCAAAGGUAGUGACCGAAACAGAUAUUCCUGGAAAGGGAAAGCGGGUAAAAUUCGCAGAAAGUGACAGCAUUUCACUUGGGGAAGCUUUUCAGUUUAUGCAGUUUUACCCCCUUAUUUACGGUGAAGAGAACGAACCGACAGAAUUCGACCUACCAAUCGCAGGCGAAAUCCAGAAGUUUAAGCUCGCUAACGAAAAAGGCGGCACUUUUUCAUUGAAAGCUAUACGAAAAGAUGGCAGGGAAGUGGAUCUCUCAGAUCUCCAGGGUGCCGUUGACGAAUUGUCUGACCCCAACCUGAAGGAUGCUUUAAGGAACACGAUAGAGACCGUGUCUAAAACAUUAUUAGAGAAGAAAUUAAACGAACAGCCAGAUUUCAUAGAGGAAUUAACAAAACAAGACAAAACAGGAACGAUCACAACCCAGGAAAGGGAUGACGCGUUUCGCGCAACCAUAGAUUUUUUUGCUGGUUCUUCCGUAAAGAGGAACCAAUUGGCCGGCCUUAAUCCAUCAGAUUGGUUGAAGACCACAAAUAAAGCCCUUAGGGAAACAAUGGAAGUCUUGAAGAAGGAAUUGAGCAAGAAGAUAUCGAACGUACAUGAGACCAAACUGAAGUUCGAAUUCACUCUGAGUAUGCUCAAAACAAGUCAGCAAGCAAUUGACGAGUGGGAAAAGUUGAAGAAAACCGACUCUUUAAUUAGUAACAAGAAAAUCGUUGAGGAGGACACGGUGGUAACAGGGAGAGGAGAAUAUAAAAAAGUGACAAUCCACGAAACUGAUCAGAAAACCGUGAAGGAUAUUUUUAAACUACUACAAUUUUAUCCUGAUAUAUACAAAAGUCAAGGAAGAAAACAAACAAGGUUCGAAGUUCCAAUUGGCGGUGAGAAAAGAGAAUUUCGUUUAGCCACGAGUGGUCCAAGAGGUGGUAAACACCAAAUAGUCGUAUAUACCUCUGAUGAUGAUUGGCCUGGUACCACUAAAAGAGGCACACAAGGCAGCCUUUGGCUACCUAGCUAUAAUAAAAUGGUAGAUAAAGUUCUUACUAGGUUUCCUAAGCAACAGAAACUAGCAGAAUCUAUGGUGAAAGCAGUUGAUCAGAAACUUAACGGGCAACCUGAUUUCUCCAAAGAUCUAGAAAUUACAGGACAACCUAAAAGAACUGCGGACACCACGCGAGCUGCUGUAGAAUUUCUGGUUGUUACAAUGAUCGCAGAAGCCGCUCAGCCAGCGGACGAGACCAAAACCAGUUUUAUAAAGAAACUUGCUCAGACGAUAAGGAAUAAGGGAGGAUUUCCAAAGAGUAAGGAUAUUCCAAAACUGUCAGAGUUAAAAGACAAGUCGGGUAGAAGUCCAGGGAUGGACGAAGUUGUCAGAAGAAUGCUUAAGGAAGUCGAAUCUUCAAAUCCCUUUAAAGAGGUCUUCAGCGAAGGGAAUUUUAAAGUUAGAAGAAAUCCACGUGGAACACACUAUGGGCGCGAAUAUGGGCAUGCACAAGGAAGCAAGUUAGUGCUUUCAUACGAAGCUCGUAAACGUGUGGCUGAAGACUCCGUUGGAGACGUUGCUGCUGCAAAAUUGGCCAAAGAAUGCACGGGAACAAGCCGCAGAAGAAAGCGGUCUAUUUGUUCACUAAUUGAUGAAGGCUCCUUUGAUAUCGACAAGGAAUCUAUUAAAAUUGUUGAGGACUCAGUUGAAUUUGACAUUGUAGAUCGCCGAAAUGCCAAAGAAAGAGAGCACGUUAAGUUAAAAAUAGACCCCAAAGAACUAGCCACAACCAAGUUGUAUAAAGACCUUCUAUCUAACUCUAGAAGAGCUGGCGUAAAAGCCAAAUAUGCGAAGGUGAACAAAGGACUUGCCAUUCAUGGUCUGAUAUUUUCCUUUCUCGGCGCUAUUAACUACUUCGAGGAGGGUGACUAUGUUCGAGGUGCCAUUUCCGGGGUUCAGUUUGCUCACACACUGGGAGGACUAACAAAAAAGAUUAUAAGUAGUGCUGCUAAAGGCUUGGCAAAAGAAUUAAAUUUCGAGAAAGGAUUGGAAAGGUUAUCCACCAAGGUGGAAAGGAUCACUGAGAGGGGAGUUGGAAGGCUGCUGGGUGCCAUCCCUGUUGUUGGAAUUGCAUUCGAUAUCUAUUUCAUUGAACAAGACAUAGAACAAUUGGCCGAUUUAAAUCUAAAUGACCCCGAGGACCUCAAACUGUUUCCAUUAAGAGUGAUUGAUCUAGAACUGGACGUUUGCACCACGGCGCUUAAUCUAAUAGGAAUGUUUUGUCCGGAGGCAGAAGUUAUUACUGAGCCUCUUAUUAUCGUCCUGUCUAUAAUACGAAUGGCUAUUGAUGACUUCUACAUUGAUAUAAUGGAAGAGAUAGAAAAAGUUGAUUGGAAAAGUCCAUGGGCCGGAUUAGAAUUCCUUGGAGCUCUUGUGAAAGGCUUUUUGGAGGGAGCUGCAGAUUUCUUAACGGGUGGACUACGAAGGCAGAUGGAGUCUUACAGCAAACAGGAAGAAUUUGACAAGGAGCUCAUAAAGAAUCUUACAAACCCGGAAAGCUAUUACAAGAUUGUUGGGGAAACACAGGGAGGAGGGGAAACGAUCGACUUCACCCAAGGAAUGCUAUCAAGUAUGGGUGGCUAUAUCAACUUUAGGCUACACGAUAACAACCGGGCUACAUUAGAAAUCGGAGAUGUCUCUGGCAGCCAUGAAACAAUACGCAAGACAUUCACAGUUGGCUCUAACCUGAAGGAUAUUAUUCUUGGUAUAGGCGAGUCUAGGAAUUUCCAGUACAAACACGAAACUGCCAAGUUGUGGUUCGUGAUUCCAGUCAAGUCUUAUGAUGUUAUUUGUGGGGCUAAUCUCCAUGAAAAAUCGAUUUACGGAACUUAUUAUGGAAACUCUAAGAAUAACACUUUUUACGCGGUACAGCAUCAGAAGCCGACAACAAAACCGACUGGAAAAGACAACGAGGACGAAGAGUGUAACUUUGGAAAUCUUAAUCUUAAGUUUGUAACUGGAAAUUACCAUUACAACCUGUAUGGAAGGGGUGGUAACGACACAUUUUAUCUCGGACCAGAAAUGUCCACUGUCACAGGAGGAUCUGGGAGUGAUCUCUUUAUUAUCCAAUCAGACGGCGGAAAAACAAUCAUUGACAAUUUUGCUGAAGAUAACAAGCGCGACAUCAUUAUAAUAAACGUUGCUUUUGAUAAUAUUCAGUGUCAUCAGAGUGGAACUGACCUUGACGUAACCUAUUCUAUGAGUCAUCACAUUCGUAUCAAGAACUGGUUCUCUGCUGGAGAUCCAACCUACUACCGCCACGUCUCAUUUCGCAGUAAGGAUGGAGUAAUAUUCGUUCCAAAACAGACCUUGGAUAGCGAUGAUAUUCAUGUCGUUUUGUGUGUGGCAGUGGCUCUUGAUCUAGGUAGAGCAAACACAACUCAAACUGUUUUUCUCAAUAAUACGAAAUAUAAUCAAGUGAAACAAGUCUCAGGUUCAAAUAGCUCUGACACCAUUAUUGGCAAUGACUUAAGCAACAUCCUAGAAGGAGGUCGUGGUGCUGAUCACUUGACUGGGGCAAAAAACGAAGAUACCUACAUAAUCAGAGCAAAUGAAGGAUGUGAUAUUAUCGAUAACAAUGCCGAAGAUUAUGCGAAUACCACUGAUAUAGUUGUGUUCGAGGUGCCUUUCGAUAUGAUAGAUGUUCAAACAGAGGGAAAUGACCUCUCUGUAACUGACAGGAACAAUCCUCAAAGCUCAUGCUUUACAGUGAAAAAAUGGAGAUUAGGAAACCAAUACAGACAUAUUCUUUUUACCUCUGGAGACCACGUUGUCUUUAAUGUUUCUUCCAGCGAAAGUGCGAGCGUAUUCAAAGUACCUAUCAUGCUAGACUACAAGGACUCCCUAGUUGGGAUCUGCGUUGACUUAUCGGAUUUACCCAGUCCAAACUGCAUCAAACCUAAUGGUUACGACAAAGUCGCCACUGUUUCCGAUUCCGUCCAUAACGACCAUAUAGUUGGAAAUGCGCAGACCAACUUUUUGAGCUGUAGUGGAGGAGAAGAUUACCUUGAGGGUGGCGAAGGUACAGACAACUAUGUUGUCAAGGAAACGUGUCAAAAGGCAAGCAUAAACAAUUUUGACAAUCGCGAAAAACUUGAUUUGCUGUAUAUAGUGGAUUCAUUUGAGAACCUGCAGCUGCAAAAGGACAAUGAUCAUUUACAAAUUACCUCAUAUCAUCAAACACCGACUGUGGUACUUCGAAAUUGGUUCAACUCUUCUGUUAACCAGCACCUUGGAAUAAGAACUAUUGACGGCAUUACAUUACGAAUAAAUAGUACCGCAGUAAGAUUUGAGCCUUAUGAAAUAUCUAAAGAUCCCACGGAAUGCCAAUGCAAACACCCAGGAUGUUACAGGGGGCUGAUAACCUAUAAUCUUGACAGUGAUCCGUGGCAACAUGUUGUCCGUUUCCAAUUAAAGUCAAGUCACUGUAGUUACAAAAUAUAUGGGAAUAAUCUAAACAAUUAUCUUGACCCAGGAGCAGGAAAUGGUUAUAAUUACCAGUAUUUGGAAGGAAAGAACGGAUCGGAUACUUACGUGUUUAACCACGGAUACGGCGAGUUUAAUGAAAUCAAUAACUAUGCAGAUGACAACAAGACAGAUGGCCUUGAGCUUGGCAUAGAAUUUGACGACAUUCAGGUUUUUUUCCACGGCCAAUAUGAUGUAAUUCUUGAAUCUAAAACACGACCCAGCUCACUAACUGUUCGAAUUCUGGACUACUUCCGCGGUGUGAAGUAUCAGCAUCUCCAGGUCAUCUCAGCAGACAACGUUGUUUUUAAUAUUUCCAAACAUUAUCCAUUUACAAUGAUAAUCGUGGUAGACCGUAGAAACGUCGAUUCGCCACAAAUGAUUGAUCCUCAAAGGAACGUUAUAAUCGCGACUGCUGAAGAUAUAAAGGGAUCCCUUACCUCCGCCAAUAACCUGACGGGUAGUAACACAACAAUAGCAUUAGUAGGCGGUACUCAGGCCGAUAUUCUACGUGGCGGAGAACUGGGAGCAGUACUUGAUGGCAAACAGGGUAACGAUACGAUUUAUGGUGGUGCUGGUUAUGAUCUUAUAUAUGGUGGGGAUGGAAAUGACGUCAUAUAUGCCUCAGCAGGAGAUGACUUUAUUUAUCCCGGCAACGGAGCUGACAUUGUCGAUGGAGGCAAUGGCAGUGAUACUUUAGCUUUUAAAGGUGACAGCGUUCUUAAGAUAGGAGUUACGGUUGAUCUCAAUUUUGGAUUUGGAAAGGGCGCGGAUGCAGAAGGCGAUGUCUACAAGAGCAUAGAAAACGUAUAUGGGUCAAUUGAAAACGACGUCUUAAUUGGAUCUGAUUCUGAUAACAUGCUGUACGGCUUUGACGGAAACGACACCCUGACUUCUCUUGGCGGUGAUGACGUACUUGUAGGUGGUGAGGGAAAAGAUUUAUAUUUACUCUAUAAGGCUUCAGGGAUAAAAGUCAUCGACAACUACGCAAAUGAUACUAUUGAAGACACCCUUUCCUUGGCUCAUCUGAACUCCACUGAUGUGUGCGCUUUCUUAGUUGGCAACGACCUACACCUACAACUUGACAGGUCUGACUUGGCCUCUGUUUUUUUUCACGGUGAACUUUUGACGGUCAUAAUUUUAAACUGGAACGUAAGUGCAGAUUACAGACACCUUAAGGUUCUAUUUAAUGACACUCUGUGGGAAGGAUUCGCUUUAUCUGGCAUCGCCCCGAUACUGGACCAGUUAGGAAAGAGUGCUAACUAUGUCCAAAACAGUACAAACUUGCAGGUUGUCUCUACAACCAAUGCUAGUGUAAGUUUCUCUUGGCUUCAACCAAGCAGUGUUUUGACACAUCCAAAUACUGAACUGUACCUUGUACAUUUUAAAAAAUUAAAUCCUUCAAGUCUUAAGAAACAACAAGUGCAGACUGAAACAUCAUUAACCAUUUCCUCUCUUGAUCCAAUUUCUCACUACGUCUUCGCUCUGGCAUUAACAAAAUGCAACGCAACACUUGCCGUAUCCCAAACACUUAUAACCUAUGGACGCGAAAGAUCCUGUCCAACAAUAAAAAUACCUCACUCUGCUGUCCAGUAUAUUCCAGCCUCCUCUGCAACAAGUCCAGCUCAUGGCACAAUUGCGAAAGUGGAAUGCAACGCAGGUUAUGACAUUCGCGAUCGUCACACCGAACAAAAUGCCACGUGCUUAGACAACGAAUGGAUCCCUUCCCUUCCGGUUUGCAAGAAGAUAAAGCGAUGUCCUGUUCUUACCAAGCCAUCCAACGGAGAGGUUUUCACUAAUGGGCAUAAAGAAGGAUCUACAGCUAAUUAUGUUUGCCACAAAGGAUUCCUACUCAAUGGAAACAAAGAACGCACCUGUGUAGAUGAAGACUGGGACGGCACCGCUCCUCAUUGCCAACCGUUAAGUUGCCCUAGACCACCAACUGAUGAAAAUGGCUCAUAUCUUCCCUGUGAUUAUAUGGAGCAUGCAAAGAACUAUGGCACCGUUGAUAGACCUCUUGAAGGCUAUUGUGUUAAGCUUGAGUGCGCCAACUUGUUCCUUCCAAGUCACGUAUUUCGUGGAGAAACCUAUCGUCCUCGAUGGGAAAGCGACUGGGAAAUACCACAGGGUGGUCGGGUUUGUAGCGAUGGAAAGUGGAUUGGUUAUGUGGACGACGUCUGUGAACCUACUACUAGACUUGUGGAUGUGGAAGAUCAUUGGAAUAAGAAACGCGGUACACUUCAACUUUGGCAGAAUGGAGCUUGGACGUUCGCUUUGUCUGCCCCGGACCAAAGCAUUCUACAUCUUUCCUGUAAAAGUGUCGGCAUAGAUGAACCACAAUAUGUAGCGUCCACCAGCUCGAUUGGCUCCAGAAGACUGGUGACAUGCUCCAAGCUGCGCCUUACACAACCGAAGCCUACUAUAUAUGAAGGAAAGAUUGAGGUGUUAAAACACGGUAACUGGGAGGGAGUGUGUGUGCCAGAAACGGGGACAGCAGGGAGUCACACUGCAAGUCUUGAGACUUGUGAAGCACUUGGCUUUAGUUAUCAUUCUGCGAUUGUGAGCAUUAGUACUGGAUGGACAGAUAACCAGCUGGUCUGCUCACCGUAAGUACACAUUUGAUGCUUUAAUUUUGUUUCUUAAAAAUUAGAGGUGCAUCAAGUGCAAUAAAUAUUCUAUUUUAACUUGCUUUUAUAUGUCGGAAUGCAAUAUUUUACAACAUAGUACGUAGUGGGAGUAUUCUGGCUCUUUAGUUCACAGAAUAGUAUUAAACAAUUUAGCCUUGUAAUUUGUAUAAAUGUGUUAACUGUGUAAUCCUGUGAACUGUUUUGUUUGCCGAAGCCAAGAAAGUGUUACUCAACAUUAUUUCAGUAAACAAAAGGAAAACCUAAUUUGCUUCCACUUUCAACACACUAUUAACUACGAUUUAUUUGGCGAUUCACAAAGCUAGUUUCGUCUAACGGCCUCUUCAGCUGAUCCCCACAGUAUUCAAAAUAACAAACACUUUACGUAAAGGUGAUAUUAUGUUUUCAAAUUCCAAGCAUAUUUUAUGAUUGUUUUUCGCAUUUAAUACAAACUAAACCAGAGUGCAACUUUGAAGAAUGAACUGUUUCUUAACCGUUUGCUUUACAUGGAGAAUCCUAACCUAGCUGUUGCCCUGACAAUGAUAAUAUGACGUAGACGCUUCCUGCUAAUUCCUAUUAACUUUUUUACCUUGGCCAUUAAUUUGAAAUGAUGCGAUGAUUGCCUUUCUUGGCAUCUAAAUUCAUAACAUGAUAACCAAAUUCAAGCUGAACUCAUAGUGCAACAGAUAAAUAUAUAGCUAGCGGCCUAUUUUAUUGUAUUGCGCUAAAACUAGGAGAUGCAAUUUGGAGGCUAGGAGAAGAUACUGUGGUACUAUGGUACGAUGCAGACAGAGGUGUACUAACAAUUACCCAGUUCCUCAUGGCUAUCCAUCGUGUACAGGAAAAUACGAAGAUGACACAUGCACGGUUCAUUGUUACCACGAAUACAAACUCUUUGGAGACUCUAAAGUUUAUUGCAAAGGAGGAGUAUGGGCAAGGAGAAAUGGGCAAGCCGCUUCAUCAGACUGUAAAUAUAUAGGUGAGUACCAAAAGCAUUGAGCAUUUUGAAUCUUGUGUCUUGUACACGAAGUCUUGCACGCGUAAUCAGUUCUUGUUUGCAAAAAGAGGCUCACAAAAUACCAAUUUUUCUAGCUUAAAAAGUAAGCCUAACCGAAAAAAAUUGACACAGCAUGUUUUUCAAAGGUUUCCAAGUUUCAGCAGACGAGGGAAAGAUUGAAUAAAGUUACACUUGUCGCGUUUUCAGCUCAAAACCUUGUUUUUAAUUCGUGCUUGCUAGCUUGAUUAGCGCGCGAAUUAGAGCGUCACAACCAUCUUUACGUGUACAUACUCUCAUACAAACAUGCCUCUCGGCCAAUCAAAGCGCCGGUACUACCACUAGUUAUUGUACAAAGCAAUAUACAUUCAAUGUAUAUUUAUAUAGACUUCUCUUUGCCAAAGGUGACACGGUGUUUUGUGUAUAUACGAUGGUACAUUCCCAUUGCUCGAAUAGAAAAUAGGAUGGGUUUAAUAAAAACCCGUAGAAAAUACAUACAGAAACAAUGUAAUCACCCUCGGAACUUGCCAAGUGAACCCAGAGGACAACAGGUGGAGGAUCGGCGGAAGAUGAUAAAGACAAACAAAUAGGAUAUUCUUAGAGGCAAGAAGUUGAAAUGUUACCCCAAACUACCUGAGUGGUAAAUGCAACGAUAGUGCCCUAUAAUACGGAAAGAUGCCUUGACCAUGUCUAUAUCAAUAAUUUUUUCAGCGACCCUCGCCGAGGACGAUGUCCAGAGGCUUGUAAGAGAGAACAAGGGAAAAAGGAUCCACGACAUGGCAGUAUUAUUAAGAAAUCACUUGGUCAAUACUUAUCCCACCCAAUAUUGGGUAGUUACCGUAUAUAGAGAUGUUACUGGCUAUGAUAAACACGCUUUUAUUGGUGCAAGCUCUCGUGUUAGCUAUAAGUUUAGGCAUUAUGGUUAUAACUAUGUUGUCACUAGAUAUCCUAAACAUUCCGCUCGCAGACCCAGUGUAUCAAUUAGCAGCGUAGUAGGCUCCAUAACUGGAAAUCACGCUAAAAUUGUUCGUGAUAGUAUUAAGAAUAAGUUUCGAGAUCGCGGUCUUACGUAUUCUUCCAUACAUGUGGUGAAACGGAGAUGGUCAGACGGUUGGUUUUUCGUUUGGACUAACUACGGAAUGGUUCUUAGCACUUCGGUAAAUAUUGCCUCCCACAACUAUUUCUGGAAAAGGUUCUCGAAUGUAAUAGUCAUUGUUGUAGCUCCUUAUUAA